AUGCUGAUUUCCACGCAGCCCCCCUCCAAUAUAUUGACAUCGCCGCGUCUAUCACUAACGGCGGUUUCUUCGCCGCGUGUCCAACGAGGGAUAAGCCAUAACACGACAUUGAACAAAAGACUCCCUGCGCAAUCAUGGGAUAGCCACAUGCAUGUCGUCGAACCGCAGCGGUUCCCAGUCUCCAAAUCAGCAGUAUAUCAACCAUCAGUACACACCUUGGCCGACGCUCUUGCCUUCGAGUCGACCGUCGGCGUAGAGAACCUCGUGCUCGUCCAGCCCUCUAUCUAUGGCACAGACAACUCUUGCCUAUUGGCUGCACUAACCAAACUCGGCCCAUCACGAGGCCGUGGUGUGGUUGUUGUCGACCCGGCCACCACGAAACCAGAAUCCGAACUGCUAGAUGAGUGGCAUGCACUCGGAGUUCGUGGUCUUCGAGUCAACCUCCAGUCCGUCGGAAAAAUAAUGGAGCAAUCCGAGUUAGAGGAGACACUACUACGACACGCCGACAUUGCACGUCAUCGGAACUGGAUCAUCGAGAUCUACCUUCCUCUGAAGAUGGUGCCUGCGCUCGAAUCUAUUGUGCCCCGACUCGGCGUGAACGUCUGCAUCGACCAUUUUGGCAGCCCCGAGUUAUCUCUUCCUCAGGGUGAAAACAACACCCCCUUCAACUCAUACUCACUCCCCGGUUUCCGAUCUUUGAUUACUUUACUCCAAGCCGGAAACACCUAUAUUAAAGUCUCUGCUCCCUACCGCCUCACGAAUGACCGAACUCAGCACCAGUUAAAGGCCAUGGCCCGUGAGUUCCUUGCGGCUGCUCCGGAUCGAACCAUCUAUGCUACCGACUGGCCUCACACUCGCUUUACUGGGAUUGACAUCGCCCCUUUCACGGAAUGGUGCUUGGAUCUUUGUUCGGAUGUGCCAGGGUUGGCAGAGAAACUGUUCCGGAGGAACACUGAGAGGAUGCUAAGUGUUGAUUCCCGCUGA